AUGAAUCAAACUCAACCUUAUAUGGAUAUGCAUCCAGGUUCUCACAUAUCUUCCGGGCCGUCCUACUCGCAUUCCGCGACAGCUCCUAUGGGCCACUAUCAACCCUACCAGCAGCCGCCGAUACUGCCUCCUACUUCUACCCAUUAUACACACCCCCAAGCGUACAGCGGCUAUGGUUAUGCAAAUGGCGUCACUUCUCCCCAAUCUGCCUCUGGUCCUGUUGGUCAACCUGUCCAAAGUCAGAUUCCGUCUCUUCCGACACCGGGGCCAGCGCAUUCCUAUGUGCCUCAGACGUCAUCUUUACCUGCUCCGAACCAAGGUUAUUCUGCUCAGCAACAGCAGCCAUAUGACACGACUGGCCAGGUUGCCCCGCCCGGCAUGAAGCCACGAGUCACGGCUACACUGUGGGAAGAUGAAGGGAGUCUGUGUUUUCAGGUUGAGGCUAAAGGAGUUUGUGUGGCUCGUCGAGAGGUAGAUAACCACUUCAUCAAUGGUACAAAACUUUUGAAUGUUGCCGGCAUGACCCGUGGUCGCCGGGAUGGUAUUUUGAAAUCCGAGAAAACUCGCCACGUGGUGAAAAUCGGGCCUAUGCACUUGAAGGGCGUCUGGAUCCCGUUCGAACGUGCUCUGGAUUUCGCGAACAAAGAAAAGAUUACCGAUCUUUUGUAUCCGCUGUUUGUACACAACAUUGGAGGCUUGCUGUACAAUCCUGAAAACACUCCCCGUACAAACGCAUUGACCCAGGGAACGACGGACCGACGUCGUAUUGAUAGCCUCGACUCGACACGCCCUCCGCCAUCUGUACAGACCCCAUCUCUUCAGCACCACAACACUAUGCCGGCUGGUGGUCAAGCGCCACCUACCCCUCAGUCUGUUAUUCCGCACCCUAACGCGGCCCGCCCUGGCAUUGAUCGAGCUCAUACUUUCCCAACUCCUCCAACCAGCGCAUCGAGUGUCAUGGGUAUGGGCAAUCAAGGGAGUUCAUAUGAUUGGGGUAACCAGCAAAUGCCCAAUGGCACAAGUGGCGCGCAAGCAUUGUCCAUCGAUACUGGUAUGAAUGCUCGGUCGAUGCCAACCACGCCUGCCACUACACCACCCGGUACUGGGGGCCAGGGAAUGCCACCGUAUCAGGGCCAGUCGGGUUAUGAGUCCAAGCACUAUUACAGUACUACUCCGAGUUCCCAAACCGGAUAUGCGCAACAGCCAGAUGGUACUCGGUAUGGACAAGGCAUGCAAUCUGGCCCGUAUGGCAAGGGUGACAUGGGCCCUCCCUUAGGGCCUGGGAAUCCCAGCGGCGGCAGCGACGUGCGUGAUAACAAGCCCGAUUCUUUUGCCCCACCUGGCCAUGGCUCUCAACAUGAAAGCGAUCAUCCGGACAGCGGCUACAUGAGUGCGAAUCCCUCCGCAUAUAGUUCGAACCGGGGCCAGUAUGCCUACGGUGCUGGUGACCAUCCCCAUUUGUCUCCAGAGCAGAUAUCAGGUUCGCCACCGCAUCAGACAGGCUCUGGUCAUGCCACCCCUCGAACAAUGCCAGCCGGUCAACCGCAAUGGCCUGCAGAGUAUCAUACUCCACCUCGCGCUCCGAAUACGAGCAGUGUCUAUAAUGUCAUGGGCCAUGAUCGAACACCACAGACGGGACCGACUGAUUCUUACGGAAACCCCGCUUAUUCAAGUGGACAUCCUGGCGGAUUGACUUCUGUCAAGCGCGGGAGAGAGGACGAUGAGCAAGAUCGACCUGGAAGUCGUCAGUUUGAUAACUAUGAUGCCAAACGACGCAAAAUGGGCCCCCAGGAGACGUUCGGAAUGCCCCUUCAACCGCCUCCACACAUGCAAGCCAUCAAAACUGGUGGCCAGCGAUGA